GGAAAACGGCACCGCAUGCAUGUGAGCGCCGCAGUAUCAGCAGCAACUAGCAUCCCGUGCGCAGUACCCGUAAAGCUGACUGAUCAUAUCGCAGUAUCCCCUGCAGUGUUUUAAAAACCAGUGAGAAUUCUCAGAAGAGCAUUACUUUUUAAGAACUGAAAAUGCCCAAGAAAAGCAAGGACGUGGAACUAUGGGAGGGAGAUGAAGUAGAAACGACAACAUCAUCAGACAACAAACCAGUCAAGAAAGGAAAGAAAGACAAGAAGGGGAAGAAGAGUUUUUUUGAAGAGUUGGCAUCAGAUACCAAGCCUGAAAAAGAAGAGGAGCCUGUGAAAGAAACCCACUCUAAGCAACCUCAGAAGAAAAAGAAGGAUCGUCGAAAAGGUAAAGCAGCCGAUGCUGAUGAUGACGACGAAGAUGUCAUGGAGAAACUGAAGAAACUUUCAGUUCAGCCCAGUGAUGAAGAUGAGGAGGAAGAAGUUGUGCUUCCCAGCAAAGGUGGGAAGAAAAACGUGAAGAAGGGAGGCAACAUUUUUGCAGCUCUUAGCCAGGGACAGAGUGAUGAUGAUGAAGACGAAGAGGAGGAGGAGGAGGAGGAUGACGAGGAGGAUGAAAAACCAUCUAAAAGCAAAGCAUCUGCAGAAGUGCCAAAGGGCAAGAAAAAAGAUAAACCUAAGUCCAAGAAAAACAAGGACGCCUCUGAUGAAGAGCAGGAUGAGGAACCCGAGAAGAAAGACGAGGAGAAGAAGGGGGUGAAGAAAGGAGGAAAGAAACCUGCAGCAUCAGCAGCCAAGCCAUCUAAGUCUCCAGAGGCUGAUGAGGAAGAUGAAGAGGAGACUCAGAAGAAAGGCAAGAAAGAACAGCCCAAGAGAGGUAAGGCGCCUCCCCCUGAAGAUGACGAGGACGACGAUAAGAGCGAUGGGGAUGACACGAUGAUGUGUGCAGAAGAUACCAUACGAGAGCAGCUGGAGGCUGAGAAGGACGACCCCUACGCCAACCUGAGCAAGAAGGAGAAGAAGAAGAAAAAGAAAAUGCUGGAAUACGAGAGGCAGGUGGCGAGCGUACGAGCGGCGAACGCAUCAGAGGGAGACUUCUCCGUCUCUGUGGCUGAGCUGUCCUCCAGGCAAGCCAUGCUGGAGAACGCCUCGGACAUCAAGCUGGAAAGGUUCAGCAUAUCUGCUCACGGGAAGGAGUUGUUUGUUAACGCUGACCUCUUGAUUGUGGCUGGAAGGCGAUAUGGUUUAGUUGGACCAAACGGGAAAGGAAAAACCACACUUCUGAAGCACAUUGCCAACAGAGCCCUUAGCAUCCCACCUAACAUUGAUGUUCUUCUCUGUGAACAAGAGGUGGUGGCUGACGACACUCCGGCAGUGCAGGCGGUGCUGAAGGCGGACACGCGGCGUCUGAAGCUCCUGGAGGAGGAGAAGCAGCUGCAGACCAGACUGGAGGCAGGAGACGACAGCGUGACAGACAGACUGGACAAGGUUUACGAAGAGCUGAGGAUAAUUGGUGCCGCAGCUGCCGAGGCAAAGGCCCGCAGGAUUCUGGCCGGUCUGGGCUUCACCUCGGAGAUGCAGAACCGGCCCACCAAGAAGUUCUCUGGAGGCUGGAGGAUGAGAGUCUCCCUUGCCAGGGCCCUCUUCAUGGAGCCCACGCUGCUUAUGCUGGACGAGCCCACUAACCACCUGGAUCUCAACGCCGUCAUCUGGCUUAACAAUUAUCUUCAAGGCUGGAAAAAGACUCUUCUUAUUGUUUCUCACGACCAGAGUUUCCUGGAUGAAGUCUGUACAGAUAUCGUUCACUUAGACAUGCAAAAGCUCUAUUACUACAGAGGAAACUAUUUAACUUUCAAGAAGAUGUACGUGCAGAAGCAGAAGGAGCUUCUGAAGCAGUAUGAGAAACAAGAGAAGAAACUCAAAGACCUGAAGGCUGGAGGAAAGUCAACAAAACAGGCUGAGAAGCAGACCAAAGAGGCCCUGACGCGGAAGCAGCAGAAGGGCAAGAAGAAGGGCCAGGAGGAGGAGAGCCUGGAGGCCCCUGAGCUGCUCAAGAGGCCCCGGGAGUACACAGUCAAGUUCACCUUCCCCAACCCACCGCCCCUCUCGCCACCCAUCCUCGGACUGCACGCUGUCGACUUCACGUACGACGGAAACAAGGCUCUAUUUAAGAAUGUGGACUUUGGUAUUGACCUGGAAUCCCGAAUUUGCAUUGUCGGCCCUAAUGGAGUUGGGAAGAGUACAUUGCUGCUGCUUCUGACUGGAAAGUUGACUCCUACAAAAGGAGAGAUGAGGAAGAACCAUCGCUUGAAAAUGGGCUUCUUCAACCAGCAGUACGCCGACCAGCUGAACAUGGAGGAGUCGGCCACGGAGUACCUGCAGAGGAACUUCAACCUGCCCUACCAGGACAGCAGGAAGUGUCUGGGCCGCUUCGGCCUGGAGAGCCACGCCCACACCAUCCAGAUCUCCAAACUCUCCGGAGGUCAGAAGGCAAGAGUGGUGUUUGCUGAGCUGUCAUGCAGGCAACCUGACGUAUUGAUUCUGGAUGAGCCCACCAAUAACUUGGACAUUGAGUCAAUCGAUGCCUUAUCUGAUGCCAUCAAUGAAUACAAAGGAGCUGUUAUCAUCGUGAGCCACGACGCUCGCUUGAUCACGGAGACAAGCUGUCAGCUGUGGGUGGUGGAGGACCGCUGCAUCAACGCUGUGGACGGAGACUUCGAUGACUACAAGCGGGAGGUUCUCGAGUCCCUAGGGGAGACGCUAGUGAACAAAAACAUCGAUCCUUGAACACACGACUACUUGGCAAAUUAAUAAAAUAACAAGAAAAAAAAGCCCUGACAUGAACUCUGGCCAUAUAACAACUUGACUGAUGUACUGCAUUUGGCUGCUUUUGCAAAUUAAUAAAAUGUCUGAUUUCCGUGAACUGUA